AUGAGCCAGCGGCAAAUACUACAAGAUGGAUACGUAGAGAGAGUGGUACAUGAAGGAUUGAAAUAUGUGAAUAUUACUUGGAAGCACCCAGUAAGGUGGGAUGUUGCUGUUACAGGAUCAUGGGACAACUGGCAAACUAGGGAAGCCUUGCAGUUGCAGACUCCCCCUCAUGUUUAUGGCAUUUUUAAAGCACUCAAAACAAGUCUCUAUCAUUACCGUUACAUUGUAGGUGGCUAUCACACCCAUGCUCCAGAAUUCUCCUGGGCUCUUGAUGACUCUGGUUGCCCCUACAAUAUCUUGGAUUUGCGGGAUUUUAUUCCAGAAAUGGUUGCAACGUUAGGUGAUACUGAAUGUCCUCCAUCCCCACCAUGGAGUUAUGAUAAUAUGCCCUUCAAUGACAAAUAG